AUGAAUGAAACGACAUCUGCAUCUGUAGCACCAAAGUCUACUUUCUCCAGUAACAGUGAAAUUUCUCAUCAGUUUAUUAUUUCGAAAUGCAUAAGAAAUAAAAAUGUUUUGCCCAACAGAAAUGAUACCGAAAACCUAGAUACGGAUGAAUCAGAUAACGAGGAGCGCCUGCUCGCCGUCAGCUGUAAAUCAGGUAAACUCGGGGCGGCCAGCUAUACUUUACAAACUGGAGAGCUUCAAAUUCUCGAAGAAAUAUCAGAUCGAGCGCCAGAACACCAAAUUUUCGUAUCACUGUUCCGCCAAGUAGAGCCCAUACAAAUAAUACUGGACAGUAAAAGUCAGGGGACUUUUGUAAGCGCGGUGAAGAGAAUCGUUUUUGACGAUGAAACAAACGUUGAUGGGAAAUGCAAACUAAUUUUUGUGUCUUCUAAAGAUUACAAUUUCGAAGCAUGCAAACGUCGUAUAUUUUCCCUAUCCUUACCCAACGAACCCCCAAAUUGUACUGACGAGGAACGAACCAUGUUUCUCCGUACGGUCCUGGAUUUCUCACAAAACCAGAGCGUGCACACCCUAGGCACUCUGCUCAGGUAUCUAGACCUGAAUUGGUCUAACUUGUGCAUGGAUUUGCACAGCAAACCACAGUUUUUGGGCUUGAAGAGAAUUUCUUUAUCCGACAUAGUAACAAUAGACGAAGACACAUAUAAAGGUCUACAAAUAUUCAGCACUCAGUCCCAUCCGAGCAACUUCAAGAAAGGGGUACAAGGCUCGAACAAAGAGGGCCUGAGUUUGUUCCAACUUUUUAGCAAAUGCUCUUCGAAAGUUGGCCAUAGACGGAUGAGAAUACUAUUACGUCACCCUACAAAGGAUCUCACUACGCUGAGACAGCGCCAAGAUGCUAUAGCCUUCUUCAUGAAACCACAGAGUGAUUCUGUUGUCAGAAACAUUUGUGCUUCGCUACGAUUUAUCAAAAAUGUUAACGGAAUACUAGCAAAAAUAAAAGCGUUGUCUGCAAAGGCGUAUCAAUGGAAAUCCCUUUAUAACACACUUUACAAUGCAGUGCUGAUAAGUGAAAUGUGUGAGUCUGUAGCACGUACAAGCUCUUAUUUAGAAGAAAUUGCAAAUUUUGAUACAAACAAAAUAUACGAGAUGGCCUUAUACAUGAAUAGAAUCAUCGAUUUUGAUUUAUCAAAAUCGGAAGGAAAAUUCACGGUGAAAGCUGGAGUCGAUCAAGACUUGGAUAUGAAGAAACAGAUAAUGGCCAGCCUACACGGUUUAAUGUCAGAAACGGCCAAAGUAGAGAUGGACCGUUUACCGACUUUCAUAGAAGAGUGUACUAUGUUGUACAUGCCCCAUUUGGGUUACCUCCUUGGGGUUAAGGCCUGGGCUGAUAACCUUACUAUGGAGCAAAAGGAAUUACCUGAUAUGAAGUUUAUGUUUCAGAAUAAUGAUUACAUUCAUUACAAAAGCAAGGGAUGUGAAGAAUUAGACUCGAUAAUAGGCGACACUUACCCAGAAAUAGUGGCCCAUGAAACCCGCAUAAUGAUGCGUCUCACUACCAUUAUAUUGGAGAAUUUGCACACGUUAGCGGCACUUAUAGACAAAUGUGCUGAAUUAGACUGUCUUAUAGCAAUAUCGAAAGCAUGUAAAGAACUCAAUUUCACACGCCCCGAGUUAACUUCAGACAAACUUAUAAAAAUAAAAGAAGGAAAGCAUCCCUUAUACCUCACGACGUGUGACAAUUUUGUACCAAAUGAUGCAGACAGUAGUCUAGAAGCUGGCUUUGUUAAAAUCUUGACUGGACCUAAUGCAAGUGGGAAGUCGGUGUACAUGAAACAAAUUGGUCUAAUAGUAUAUUUAGCUCAUAUUGGUAGCUUUGUGCCAGCGGAAUCAGCCACCAUUGGUAUCGUAUCCAAUAUAUUCACCAGGAUUCAGUCAACUGAAUGCAUAGCGGCUCAUAUGUCUGCGUUCCUUAUAGACCUUAGACAGAUGGCGCUAGCUCUGCAAGAAUCGGUUUCCAACUCGCUCAUUCUAGUGGACGAGUUCGGUAAAGGCACUUCAGAGUCCGACGGGCUCUCGUUGCUCGCCGCGUGUCUGAACACGCUCUUAUUUAGGGGGGAGGGGUGUCCGCAUGUCUUCCUUUCCACGCAUUUGUUGAAUGUUAAAGAGUUUAUUAUUGACACGCCGAUUGUUAAGUUUUUGAGUUUCGAACACAUAAUCGAAGACGGCGAAGUGAUAUUUCUCUUUCGUAUAACAGAGGAAUAA